AUGAGUUUGUUCGGCAGGUGGAAGGAGUUGGAGACGGGCAACAUCUAUAUCGUCACAACUCCGGAAGACCCCGUGCUGCAUUUUUUGACUGUGGUGAACAACCCGAUGAAGGACGAUCGGCGUGAGUUUGAGAUCCAGCGGGGCCCAGAAGGAAGGAUCCAACUUCUUCCUUUGUACCUCAAAGACAUCACUACAGAACCAGAUACUCUUUCCGAUCUCUUUUUGGACCCCACAGUACCAGGUCGCAUCGUUUGGUACAGUUACACCACCGGAAAACGCAAGACCUGGCAGUACAUGCUGCAGGUGUGGAACACCACGCUUGUGCAGCUGAUGUACGAAGAAGAAGAAGACACUGUCCUUCGGCUGGUUCUGCGGAAGCUCACAGGGGAGACAAUUUCAAAGGUUGCUGUGCAACCUGGCACGAGCUGGAGGGAUGCAAGGAAGUUGAUGGUGCCGGGUCUGCGACCACUCCUCUCGAAAAGGCUGGCUUUCGUGUCGCCCCUUGGGGAAGUGUUGACGACAGCACACGAUGAGAAGCGCCUUUCUGAGAUUCUUGGAUUGGCAGGAUGCAAGCCGGAGGUAGAUGAGGACGCAUGGCGGCGCUUUCAGUAG